CCAGGCUCCGCCCUCUCAUGCCCUUCCACCCCAUAGCCCUGCAGAGGAGCUCGGGAGGCCUCAAACGAACAGGCUUCCCCGCGUCAAGAGACCCCGCCUUCGCCCCGAAGCGCCCUUUCUCUUUUUCCCAGGCUCGAGGGCCCGGUUCGAGCCCGAGCCCAAGCCCUGCCCGAGGAUCCAUGACUCGAGCCGGGCCUCCCUCUCCGCUUCAGAGCGCACACCAGGCCCCUCCAAGCCCGCCUGGGCCCUGGCCCCCACUGCAGAGGAAAUUCGGACAGGGAUCCGAACGGGAAGAGGCUGAGGCGACGGCGAAGGCGAGGCCCGGGCUGGACCGGGAUGGCCGCAGCCGUAGCCGCAGCCGUAGCCGCAGCCCUAGGCACUCGGGAGCGGACACCCUAGCUUCCAGGAGCUCCUCAGAAGCCGAGCCCAUGACGGAACCCAUUGUGAUUUCGGAUGGCAGCGAUGACGAGCGUUGCAAUCCUGUUAGAAGCUCCGGCGCUGACCGAACCCGCAGGUCCUGGCAGAGCGGGAUCCGAAACCGAGUCCGAAACACAAGAAUACACCGGAUCAGAAUCAGACGCUGGAUCCGAGACGCCGAAUCCGCAUGCAAUGUGGUGGAUUUCAUCGAUUUAACCGAAGACACUGACCCAGUAGUGAAGACUUACCCAGUAGGGAAGACUCCCAAUGGACUUAGUUUUAUAGAUCUGACAGGGCUGGAGGACGAAGAUGAGGAGGAGGAAAAGGAGGAAGGGGGGGGUCUCUUUAACUCUGCUCCUGCUUGCAAGAACAGUAUGAACCUAGAUCUGGAGUCCGUCCCUUGUUCUCAGAAGCAGCAUUCCCAUUGUGCGGCAGAAGCCGGUCAUCCUAUCAAAUGUGAGGUAACACGGCGGACUGGGGCGGGCUCCCCGCGCCUCGAGAAGAAAGCGUGUGGAAGUCUGCCUGCUGGGCAGGACCCAGUCUGGGGCUCUGAAUGUGAAGAGCGCCUCCCUGCGGUCUCCAGCGGUGAGGACUCGCUGUGUAGCUCGGAGCGCAACUGCAGCACGACCACCUUCAACAGCGACCUGGGCUCUCUGGCGAGUCCGCAGCUCUCCUCCGACGUUUUCUCACUCUCCCCAAUCAGCAGCAGCUGCAGUGACAGCGGCAGCCAGAGUGCGUCAGGGCGCUGUCUCCUGAAGGACUCCCCCGACCGGUGCGCGGGUAACUGGCAGAAGAAGGGAGCCUCUGCUGGCCACGCUGGUCAGCUCCAGAAAGACUUCUCCCCCGUUGCACAGCGAUUCUCCACAGAACGGGCUCCCUGGGCUCGGCACAGCCUAGACAAGGCUGUGCCGGCGGCUGCCAGGACAGUAAAGCCCCCAGCGGCGGACUUGCCCAGGAAACCCUGUCUGCACAGACUAAGAUAUUUCCUCAGACCUCCGGUGCACCACCUCUUCUUCCAGGCGCUGAUCCAGGACAAAGAAGUCACAGAGAACAAGGAACAAAAGAAAGAACCCAUUCCCCACCGAAGACUACGGAUGGUGUUCAGCACCAUUGAAGAGAACGUCCCACGAGAGACUUUGCAGUUCCUCAUGGACUUUGUGUCCCCCCAACAUUACCCACCUAAGGAUAUUGUGUCUCAUGUCAUCAAGAAUAUCUUACUAGGUUCCGAAAGUAUGGAUGUCAGGAAAGAGGCCUACAUGCUGCUAAUGAAAAUUCAACAGCUUCAUCCAGCCAAUGUUGCCUCUGUGGAAUGGGACUGGAAGCUGCUCACUUCUGUGAUGGAAAAACAGGAGGAAGAACUGCCUGGCCGAAUACUCUUUUUGCGCUAUGUAGUGCAGACCCUAGAGGAUGAUUUUCAACAGGUCCUGAGGCGUCAACGGCAUCACCUCCAACAAUCCAUUGCAUGCAAUGUGCUUUCCUGUGAUAAGCAGCCCCAUAAUAUCAGGGACAUCAUCCAGUGGCUAGUAGGUGCUGUGACCAGGCUCGGCUUUGAUCAGAAGGAAGACAAUCAACAAACCUUUUCAGGAAGUCCCCAGGACAAGAGUGGUGACCACCUUCUCCAACCUUUCCCUGGAAGGAGUAACCAUCAUUUGGUAAUUUUACAUCUCCAGAGGAUGCUGUCUCUGGCCGUUGAGGUGGACAGGACCCCAACCUGCAGCUCAAAUAAGAUUGCAGAAAUGAUGUUUGGAUUUGUGCUGAACAUUCCUGAAAGGAGCCAGAGGGAAAUCUUCUUUACAACCAUGGAGAGUCAUCUUUUGCGCUGCAAAGUAUUAGAGGUUCUGUUCCUUCACAGCUGUGAAAAGCCUACUCCCCUACCACUUUCUCUCGCCCAGACCCUCUAUUUCCUCAACCAUUCAACAUCACUGCUCAAGAAUCAGUCUGAAAAAAGCAAUUGGCAGAGUUGGGAUGAGCUGGUUGAACAUCUGCAGUUUCUCUUAUCUAGUUAUCAGCACGUAUUAACAGAGCAUCUGAGGACUUCAGUCAUUGAAAGGAAGGAUCUGCUUAUCAAAAGGAUCAAGCCCCAUCUACAGGAAGGUGAUGAUAUCACUUCAGUGGAUGUGGAAAUAGAGUUCAAGGCUUUUGGAGUCCGACUAGCCAGAGAGCUUGGAGAGCCCCUAGUGCCUCAGCUCCAGGAGAAGAUAUUCCUCCUCAAACUACUACUCCUCUGUGCAACUAACAGGAACUUUAUGCUAGAAAACCAGGUCCCAUAGGGCAAUGGUCUCAAGUGCCCAAGUCAACAUGACCAUAGUAGUUUUUGCAGAGAAAGGAGUAGGUUACUACAAUCUAUCCUGUCCAGUUUUUUUUUUUUGGUCACUAUUUUCAACCCUUUACAAAAAACUCACCUUAUGAAUUCAUCAUAGCUACUCCUCAAAAUGUGAUUUUGAUAUACAAAUUAUAUCUAUUUUAUAAUAAAUUUCUCAAGUGUAGGAUUUUUUUUUUUUAAAGAACUAAGAUUUUUUAGCAUUAUUCCUCUUAUUAGGUUUGGUGUUUAGUGAGCAAGUUGAUUCAUUGGGCAACACCUUUUACUGAAAGAAAAUGAUACACAAACAGCCUUUUCCCACUAGAUUAUGGAGCCUGGUCUGGGCCAAGUUGUCUUUGGUUUCUCAGAUAAUCAGAAGUUCCCUGAUUUUAUUCCUUCAUCUGCCAGAGCAAAGGGAAAACAGAUAAACAUGGAAAGUGAUUUUGCCUUCAGAAUCAAAGGAAUAUGACUGCUUGUUCUGUUUGUGACUUCAGACAAGCCAUUUCCCCUCUCCAGGCCCAUUUCCUAUUUUCACCUUUAAAACCUUGUACCAAACUGACUACAAGAAAGGAGAAUGCAUAAUUCUAGCUUGGAGUCAGAAGAUCUGACUUUCACAUGAAGUGAAAGGACUUAAAAUGUGGGACUCAGGAUUGGAUUUUGACAUUUAAAGAUAAGCUACAUAAUCACCAAAUUUGUGGUGAUCUCAUUAAGACCAACAAUUGUCAGAAACUGGCAGUAGAAGAAACAUAUAGAUUAAAUCUUAAAGGUUUUAAAAUACUGUACCAAAAAUUAAGACCCUCCAUAAACAUAUUAGUGGAUAGGAGAAGAGUAACCCAAGUUCUAGGUUUCAGACUCCUUUAAUUCUGGGAUUCAUAAUGUUAUAAUGUUCAUAUAGCUUCCAAACUUCCAUGCUCCAUGUGAACACAUGAAUUAAUGUUUGGCCUCUCUUUUUAGUGCUGAGCUUAUUCAGAAUCAGCUAGUUGUUUACAUCUAGAUGUUCCCUUUAUUGUAUGUAGCAGUCCAUCUCUAUAAGUGACAGCUAUAGAAUAAAGAACUACAGAAAAUAAAA